AUGUCUGACAUUGGAAUUGUUGCCUUUCCAUCUAAGAUUAACAUUAAGUAUAUUAGAUGUCUGACUGAGAGAGAAUUUAUCUACCUAUCUGAGGCAGCUGCUGUCUGUUUAUCUAAGGCUCUCUAUAUAUGUUUGUUUAUAUCUAUCUAUCUAUCUAUCUAUCUAUCUAUCUAUCUAUCUAUCUUAGUUUAUUCAUUAUGUAUGUAUGUAUAUAUGUAUGUGUCUGUCUCUCAGUCUAUCUUAGUUUGCCCAUUAUCUAUCUAUCUAUCUAUCUAUUGGUCUAUCUAUCUAUCUAUCUAUCAUGCCUGCCUUAUCAUCUAUCUAUCUAUUCAUCUAUCUAUCUAUCUAUCUAAAUAUCUAUCUAUCUAUCUAUCUAUCUAUCUAUCUAGGUCGUCUAUCUAUUUCUACUACAUCUUUCUUUCUUUCUUUCUAUUUCGAUCUAUUUCUGUCUAUCUAUCUCCCGAUCAUUUCAGUUAUUUCUAUUCAUCUAUCUAUUCAUCGUCUAUCCUAUCUAUCUAUCUAUCUAUCUAUCUAUCUAUCUAUCUAUCGAUCGAUCGAUCGCAAGCUUUGCAUAUCAGAUUGUUCAUAUCCAAGUCCUUGCCUUCAUCAGAAGAGGUCUAUUUCCACUUACCUAUCUAUCUAUCUUACUCUGUACAUAUAUAUCUACCUAUCUCAGUCACUUUUAUCUAUCUAUCUAUCUAUCUAUCUAUCUAUCUAUCUAUCUCAGUCACUUUUAUGUAA